AUGGCUGGGUCCAAAGUGUGCUACACAAUAACAUUCUGUCAUGAGGAGACCCGCCGGCUUCUGCCAGUAAAUGUAAACAGUCUGUUGAACCCUGGUCGACAAGUGCGGCUGUCUGUCGCGACCGGUAUACAUGUACCAUUUACCUUGGAGAAUGACGCGCUGCUGAAAGAACUCAAGAAGGGAGGCGAGCCAUGGGGUGAGAUCGCAAAGCACUUCCCAGGCAGAUCCAAGGCGACUGUGCAGGUGCUGUACUCCACCAAGCUGAAGCAUCGCACCCCGCCGCCAACUCGCAAGUCGAAGUUGAAAUCGAGGCCGAGAAAACAUGGAUGCCGUUGGGCAAGAAUAUUCCAGCCGCUGCUACAAGGAGACUGCCGCAGCUAUGCACGUACCCUCUUCUUACAGAAAUCUCCCUUUACCAUGGAUGAAGUGGCCACUUCGGUGUCCCACGCCAGUGUCUCUCCACGGAUGCCUAUCAUUCCUGCCCAGAGGUCUAUUAUUAUUUCAUACUUUGCUGUGGCUGUCUGUGAGAUAAAAAUCAGACGCGGAAGACAAAAUGAUGUUUUCUGA